GAAUCUGGUAUUUGUAAAGGAAAAGUUCGAGCAAGUAACAUGAUAAAAUUUGGAGAGGAAACAUUUUAAAAAAUAUGUUAAAAGUGAAGUUUGAGAAAGAAUAUUAUCGUGUGACAUUCGCAUUUGUAUAAACAUUGUGAUAUAGCAAUCGGCCAUGGGAAACACAUCCAGUGAUUCAUUCCAAAACACAAAACAUUCCAGAACAGAAAGAGAAGAAAGAUAAGCCAACGGAAAAUACUGACAGUAUUUUCAUAUGUAGCUAUAACACAAUGGAUUCUUGCAUAUUCUUACAGAUUCGUCAAUUUUAUAUUUUUGAUGCAAUUAUUGAAUAAAAAGUUUUGAAACUUGUGCAUAUAAAAUCAUCAAAAUGAUUCUGCGGAAAUCAUCCCAAAUUAGACAUGAAAAUGAUGAUGUUACAGAUGCAAAUGAAAAAGCAAACACAUGUACUCAGAGAGUGAUUGAUGUUCUAAAACAAUUUUGUGAAACAACAUCCAUUCGAGGUUUACCACGAAUCGUAAAAUCAAAAUACAUGUUUGGUAAGAUCUAUUGGACAUUGGCGUUUUUACUCGCCACUGGAGCUAUGUGCCAUACUCUUUAUGAUCAUAUUGACGUGUAUUUUUCAUAUUCAACAGUCACAAAAACGACUAUUGUAUCAGAGUUAGAAAUAAUAAAGACAUUUCCAGAUGUCACUGUUUGCAAUCUAUUUGGUUUCGCUCAUAUGAAUGAAACUCCAAAAACAGCUUUGGAGUAUAGAUCAAUAGUUUUUGACCUUGUAACCAAAUAUAGGUUGCCCGUGGACUUCUUCAAUUAUUUUGAGGCAUAUUUAUCUUUUAUGACUGAAGCUGAACGUUAUGAAGCUGGACACAAAAUUCAUGAUUUUAUUGUAGACUGCAAAAAGAUAAAUAUGAUAUCAGGUUUUAAUGAUACAUGCCCAGAGAACAUGUUUGUAUUAUUUACUGAUUUAACAUAUUUAAAUUGUUAUACAAUACAGCUCCAAAAUGAUGCCGCUCUUAGAUAUAUCACAUCUGGAAUCUCUCUUACGAUUAACCUGAAUCAUUACAACUUGAAUGUCAGCCUUUUAGAUUUGAUCGAUGGAAUGCCUACUGAACGUGGUAUCGCAGUUUACAUUCAUGAACAUAAUACCAUGCCACCUUAUCAUACCCCAUUGAAAAUCUCACCUGGGCAUGCUGUUGAAAUACAAAUCGAAACAGAAGAUGUGAUCAAGCUACCACCCCCGUAUGGCACCUGUAUGGAUGGAUCAGAUACGAAGUACACUGUUGUGGGGUCAGAUUCGAAGAAUUAUUCGUAUACUAUGAUAUCUUGUGUUUAUGACUGUGUCCAGACUUUAAUUCUUGAACGGUGUAAAUGUGUGUCGCGUGAAUAUCCAUUGUUCAGAGGUCAACCAAUUUGCCUGAAUGGACGAAAUAAUGUACCGAGGAUUAUCAACGAGACUGAUUGUUUAUUUGAAUUAUUAGAGGAGAAUAUUGAGUUUCAGUGUCUUUCUGAGUGUAAAGAACCAUGCAGAGGAACAUCAUAUAAAUAUACCGCAAGUCAAUCAAUCUGGCCUAACGAAGGCUCUCAACUGGAUAUCUACAAGAAAUACAUUCAGAAAUCAAAGUACCAGCAUUUUUAUGAAGAAUAUGAAGAGUUACUCACAUUGGGGAAGUAUACAUUAUUCGAAAAGGGAAAGAAACUUGAACAGCUAAACACACUUCGAAAUAAUAUGGUGAAGUUGGACAUUUCUCUAACAUCAAAUUCAAAGAUUGUUCGAAAAGAAAUUCCUCUCAUCAAUGACAUCAGUUUAUUUACUUCAAUUUCAGGAACUUUUAUAUUUUACAUUGGCUUUACCUUUUUUAGUCUCCUUGAAAUGGUAGAAUAUACUUGGAAAAUCCUUAAAGUAAUUUUCAACAGUAAGAAACAAAGAUCUGAUAGGGAGAUAUCACUUAAAGGAUAAUGUUUAAACAAUUUACAGAUAGUGUGAAAUCCCGUAUACACUUUUCCAUACCCUUGGCACUGGCGGAUCCAGAAGAUAACAUGGGGGCGAAAAAUAUUGCCCAAAACUUUGAAAAUUCAAGGCCCAUUUCUGGUUUUUAAAUCAACUAUGUUUCUCCAAAGAAAGUUUGCAGUGAUUAGCAGACAUUGUAUGUUCACUAAUGCAGUAUCACACGGUCCUAACGUCGACCGUUAAUUUGAAUUUUUG